AGGAAGCAACCGGGGAUCACGCGGAAGCAAAUCGGUGAUUAAAAAAAUAAUUUCAACGCUUGGAGGCGCGAGACGCGCUUGCGAAGCGGAACCGGAAAUCGACCGCUUUCGUCGGCUUCCACGCGUAGGCACUUUUUCAUGUUGAUUCGUUUGGUUGAUUUGGGCGUUUGAGUUGGAAGAUGUUUAGUUUUCCCUGAUGCCAUUCUGACACCAAAAGACUUCUCGACCGAGGACCCGUAGCGCACGAUGGGAACCGCAACGAGCUCUCUCCACGACCUGAAGAAAAACGAGCACUUGAAGCACUUUGUGGGCAAAGAGCCCAUAACGCCAAAUGAUCCCUUCUGGAACCAGCUGCUGUCUUUCAGUAUACGGCCUCCGAGAUCCAAGGAAGAGUUCAGCUACCUCGACGAGAGUUUACAGCCCCUCUUGGAAACGCUGCUCACAAACAAUGCCAUUUCUGGGAACUUUGGUGCCUUGGUCAGCGUGUUCCUCACUCGCGCCUUGGAGCUCAAAGCAUCGGCUCAGUGUGACAACAACAUCUUUACUUGGCAAACCUACAAUGCACUUUUUAUCAUUCGGUGUAUUGUCAAGUAUUUCAUAGUGACAGUCACAGAGGACAAUGUGGUCAAGCAGUUUCAGGCACCUUUGUCAGGUGAUUCAAAACACGAUGACCUUUUGGAAUCUCUGGUGAAUGCGUUGGUUGAGAUAGUGGUUGAUGUCCCCUUGGUAGAUUUCACCUAUGCACUCCAUGUCGAAGCAGUCAAUACGAUUCUUGUGCUGCUCUCGGUGCAGAUGUUUUCCUCCAUCCCUGCUGCCAAAUCGCCUAUCUACAAGUCAAUUUUGCAGGGAAAAUGCUCUAUUCACGCCUUGCUGUUCACGAAAAGCCUGCUUCAGAAUUUUGUACGUCAGGACAAAUGCCCGAACAGUUACCACCAUUCUGAGUCUGGUGGCAGUAUCAUCAUAGGCUUGGCUUCCGGCCUAUGGAAUGUGCUGACCCUGGGCUACGGCAAGGAGCAGGACGAGGAGUCAACGCGGCUGAAGGAGACUGUGCUUGCCCAACAGAGCCUGCUGCUGCUCCUGGUUCUGGUGAACCACUGCACCAACGACAAGGCCGUCUGCAACCCUUACAAGAAGGCCCUCUUCUCCUUCGUCAAUUCGCAAGAUUCAGGAGGGAGCGUGGAAGCCAUUCCAUCUUUCAAGCUAGACUACGGAAAACUCUACGACACUCUGUGUGUCACUCUGAACAAUGACCAGACAACAUUACUGCUGUACUUGCUGAUGCACCGAAACAGCAACUUCAAGACGUACGUCCUGUCAAGAUCCAACAUUGAAUUGCUGAUCGUUCCCAUCCUGAAAAUUUUGUAUGAUGCCCCAGAAAAAACAUCCCAUCACAUCUACAUGUCUCUCAUCGUGGUCCUCAUUUUGAGUGAAGAUGAUCUUUUCAACGAGGCUGUUCACGAUAUUACCUUGAAGAACAUUUCCUGGUACACAGAAAGGUCGCUCUCAGAGAUUUCCUUGGGCGGCCUUCUUAUCCUGGUGGUGAUACGGACCAUUCACUUCAACAUGACACGCAUGAGGGACAAAUACCUGCAUACAAACUGCCUUGCUGCGCUGGCAAACAUGUCCAACCAUUUCAAGAACUUGCAUCCGUAUGUCUGCCAGAGAUUUGUCAGCCUGUUUGAGACACUCUCCAAGAGACUAGCGAAAGUCAUGGACCAAAUAAGGAACAAUCCUGAUCUCAAGCCAACGGACGAGGACUUCUCAACCGAUCUCCUCCAGGAUUUGUCCAUCCUCGAAGAAGUACUUCGCAUGAUCUUAGAGAUCAUCAACUCCUGCCUGUGCACUCAGCUACAAAGUAACCCCAACCUGCUCUACUCGCUGCUCUACAAGAGGCAGGUGUUCGACCCCUUCCGGAUGCACCCCAACUUCCAAGACGUCGUUCAGAACCUGGACACGGUCCUGUCUUACUUCUCGUCCCGGCUGGACUCGCCCGAAAAGAACCUUUCGGUGGCUGAAGUGAUGGAGUCCAUCAAGGAGGCAGCGCUACACUGGCCGACAGAUAGGCUGAAGAAGUUUCCAGAUCUCAAGUUUCGAUAUGUGGAGGAGUCUCAGCCUGAAGAGUUUUUCAUUCCUUACAUCUGGACCAUUGUGUAUAAGUGUUCUGGGAUUCCGUGGAGUCAGCAGAACCUGAUUCUUUUCAAUCCCAACAAAGACCUAUAGAGGGAAGCUUUGUUGCAUGCUAUUUAUUUGGGUAUGUUGAAAAGUUUUAAGGACUCUGUAGAUACGGAAGGCUUGCUUGGAAACAACUUUUAGUGGACUGGAUUAUCUUCACUUACAAGGAAGCAAUAUAGUGUGUUUGUGUUUAGUUGGCAUGGGAGGAGUAAAAGUGGAAAUGUUUUGGCACUGAUGUUUCACUCCUGUAAGAGCAAGUUAACAGUUAUAAAUUUUUUUUGCUCCUUUUAUAUAUGAACAAGAGUGUGAAUGUUUGUUGUCAGCAGUGUUACUGGGAUGCAUUUUUGUUUAUCUGUAAUUGGCGUCUAUCUGAUGAAGCUGUUUACUUUUGCAUUGUUAACUUGCAUGUGCCUUAACAGUAAAGUUGCAUGGAUAGUUUUGUGAAACAAAAUAGCAGGAACUGUCCACGCAUAUUGAAAUUGUGAUGAUUAGUGGCAGUGCAGUCACUGUUCUAUGGUAGGCACUUGAGCCAAUUAGCCCUAAUGGGAACAUUAUUAUUGAUCCUAUGUCUACCUGCUUUGCUGUAGAGAAGUAUCGUAUUUUUCAAAAUAAAUUGUAAUAAAUAUUAGGUUUCACACAAACCUUUUAUCCUUCCCUUUGCUAAGCCACUGGCAGUGAUUUAAAAAAAAAAAAAAGUACCUCGGGUGCAAAUAAUUUAUAAUAGUACUACCAAAGUAAUGUUCUGGCAUUGUCUUUAUUGCAGCCUCCAAUAAGCUGUUGUUCAAUUGAGGCUAAUUUGUUCAAAGGGGUUGAGUUUUGCAUUAGGCUGCAGAUGAAUCCAGUGAUUAAGCCAGUUUAUACAUAAUUAAGGAUUGCAUUCACUGUACAUAAAUCUGGGAUGUACUGGUGCUUAAUCGAUGUAAAACUGAUAUGAUAGAUGGCACAGCAGACCUUCAAUGCAGACUGUACUUGAAACUCAAUUCUGUGCCUGUUUUAUUGCAACAUUAAAAUUUUACUUGCUACUUGUGUGGCCAGCAGUCAA